AUGAACAAGGAAAACCCUCUUGACUCAGACCAGAUUAAAGACAAUAUUAAUAAGCUGAAGAAAAAACUUAAAAAAGCUAACAUGCCUCUUUAUCAACAAUUAUAUUCUGGUCUUAAUGAUAUACCCAUUGAGAAUUUAACCUGGAAAGACCCUCUAACCAGUCAAGUCAUUAGUAAUGAUUCAAAACUU